ACCGUGUACGUGGGCCAAUAAAACAAUCAAAUAAUCUUGAGCCCCGAAUCGGACAGUAUCUAAACCGACCCGACUUAGCUCCAUCUCUCUUCAUCACUUCCCCUAAAACCCUUCCACCAAUUCCCCUGCCCCGUGUGCUCUCAACCUCUCAGUAGUUGGGUAUUUUGAUUGCAUAUCACAAUGAGAAUAGAAAAGUGCUGGUUCUGUUCUUCCCAGGUAUACCCUGGCCAUGGAAUCCAGUUUGUUCGUAAUGAUGCGAAGAUUUUUAGAUUUUGUAGAUCCAAAUGUCACAAGAACUUUAAAAUGAAGAGGAAUCCUCGCAAGGUUCAGUGGACCAAAUCUUAUCGAAAACUGCAUGGAAAGGAUAUGACACAGGACUCUACUUUUGAGUUUGAGAGGAAGCGAAAUAGGCCGGAAAGAUAUGACAGGACUCUUGCUGAGAAGACAUUGAGUGCAAUUAAGACUAUUGACAAGGUCCGAACUUCGAGAUCUGAGAGUCAUAUCAAGAACAGGAUGAAGGGGAAUACACGCAGAGAGCACGACAAAGCACGGAAAGAACUGGAACAGAGCAUCCACUUGGUCAAGGAUCCCCUUUCUCUCAAAGAAGAUCCUGCACUCGUUUUACCAAAGCUCAAAGUCAAGACUUCACAGCCACAAGAAGAAAAUCUCGCGAUGGAAGAGUAAUUUGUCCAAUAUGGCUGAAUAUAUUCACUUACAUUUUUGUAGUAGCCUUUUGACAGAACCUGUUAUGCUUUAAGCACUGUGGAUUUGUUAAUCUGAAGUUUUUGUUGACACACUGGCCAUUCUAGCAGUUGUUUUCUUUUUGUUUUGUUUAUACGGAAUAUUUAUUACUGUUGUAUUAAUUUUUGUUGAUUAAAUUAAAUGAACUUUACUCCAA